GGCGAAUUCAGUUCAUUCCCAGCGAUCGAGGAGGGAGCAACUUGUAGUAGAACAUCAUAAUGUCCAAGGGAUCAGUAUUGCCGCAAUAUAUUGCGGGCUUGUCGGCCAGCUUCGGAGCCCUCUGCAUGGGGGCCUCCAUCGGUUGGUCCUCGCCCGUGGAGAAGAAGAUCACCGAGAGCUUUGACUAUGGAUUUGAGAUCAGUUCGAGUCAGUUCAGCUGGGUGUCCUCGCUGCUGACCCUGGGUGCCACCGUAAUCUGCAUUCCCAUCGGGUUUGCCAUCGACUGGAUCGGCAGGAGACCCACCAUGUUGGCCCUAAUCCCGCCCUAUAUGGUUGGGUGGGUGCUCAUGUUGUUCGCCAACAACGUGACCAUGCUGUACUUCGGCAGAUUCAUCCUGGGCAUGUGCGGGGGAGCCUUUUGUGUGACUGCUCCCAUGUACUGUACCGAGAUUUGUCAAACCGCCUUGAGAGGCACCAUCGGCGCCUUCUUUCAGCUGCUGAUCGUGUCGGGCGUGUUCUACGGGUAUCUGGUGGGAGCCUUUCUGCCCCUGCUCACUAUCAACAUCCUGUGCGCCAUCCUGCCGCUGAUCUUCGCCACCAUCCACUUCUUCAUGCCGGAGUCCCCCGUUUACUUGGCCAUGAAGGGGCGCAAUGAGGAUGCCGCCAAGUCUUUGCAGUGGCUGCGAGGCAAGAACGCCAAUAUCGAUGAUGAGCUCAAGGAGAUCAUGGAGGAGUCCCAGAAGCAGAUUGAUAUGCCAAAGGUCAACAUUUUGUCCGCCCUCCGCCGUCCUAUCGUUUUGAAGGGUCUUGGGAUCGCUGUGCUGUUGCAGGUGUUCCAACAGUGGACGGGUAUCAACGCCAUCCUUUUCUACUCCACAUCGAUUUUCGAGGAUACAGGCUCUGGUCUGACUGGCACCGACUCCACGCUCAUCAUUGGAUUCGCCCAGGUGACCAGCACACUGGUGGGCGUGGCCAUUGUCGAUAAGGCCGGCCGCCGGAUCCUGCUCCUGAUCUCCGGCAUUCUGAUGGCAGUGACCACCGCCCUGAUGGGCGUCUACUUCCAGCUAAGCGAGAGCAAUCCGGGCUCGAUGGACGACUUCGGGUGGCUUCCCAUCAGCAGCAUCUGCAUCUUCAUCGUCUUCUUCUCGAUCGGAUUCGGACCGGUGCCGUGGCUGGUGAUGGCGGAGCUCUUCUCCGAGGACGUGAAGAGUGUUGCGGGAUCGAUUGCCGGCACUAGCAACUGGCUGUCAGCCUUCAUGGUCACACUGCUCUUCCCGAUCCUCAAGAAUUCGAUUGGGCCGGGACCAACCUUCUGGAUCUUCACCGUGAUCGCGGUCCUCGCCUUCCUCUACUCGCUGUUCUUCGUGCCGGAGACCAAGGGCAAGACGAUAAUCGAGAUCCAGGAAAUGUUGUCCGGCGGAAAGAGUGUCAACAAUAGUUCCGGUGCCGACAAGGAGCAGACGUGAGGACGGAUACAUACAUAGUAUUAGCCGUAAGGAUACCUUUUUCAAGUUCUCUUUAAGCCAAUAAGCAAAAGUUAUAUGUAAGAACGAUCAUGAUCAAUAAAGCCAAAUACUUUUGAAAAAAUUAA